GCGCUGCGCCAUUUUGAAAUCGUAACGCUGGGAGAGGCAGAGAGACGAGGGAAAUCUCAAAGUAGAGUGCAAAGUCUGAAAUUCACUGUCGAGGUCUGCAAGUCUUCCUUUUAUUUAGCUGAAGACGGUUAAAUACUGCGAGUACUGAUUGGACGUGGACUCUUUUGAGUUAAGUAGAAACACUUGAGAGGUUUAUUCUGCUCGGACAGACCCGACCGAGCCGACCCGGGUCAGCACUACUCUGCCUGUAGGGCCCGAGCCCGCUACAGAGACUCUCUGCUUGAGUCUCUCACCAUGGCAGGGGCCGGUGGUGGGAACAGUGAUGUGCAGUGGUGCUUUUCCCAAGUCAAAGGAGCAAUAGAUGAUGAAGUCGCUGAAGCUGACAUCAUAUCCACUGUUGAAUUCAACCACUCUGGGGAGCUGCUUGCCACUGGGGACAAGGGGGGCCGUGUUGUCAUCUUUCAGCAGGAACCAGAGAGUAAGAAUCAGCCACAGUGUCGAGGAGAGUACAAUGUUUACAGCACCUUCCAGAGCCACGAGCCGGAGUUCGACUACCUGAAAAGCCUCGAGAUCGAGGAGAAGAUCAACAAGAUUCGAUGGCUGCCUCAGCAGAACGCAGCACAGUUUCUUUUGUCUACCAAUGACAAAACCAUAAAGCUGUGGAAAAUUAGUGAGCGUGACAAGAGACCAGAGGGCUACAAUUUGAAGGAGGAAGAUGGAAGAUACAGAGAUUUCCACACGGUCAACACACUGCGGGUUCCAGUAUUCAUGCCAAUGGAUUUGAUGGUGGAAGCCAGCCCAAGAAGAGUCUUUUCGAAUGCUCACACAUACCAUAUCAACUCCAUCUCAGUCAACAGCGACUGUGAGACCUACCUGUCUGCAGAUGACCUGCGCGUUAACCUCUGGAACCUGGAGAUCAAUGACCGCAGCUUUAAUAUUGUUGAUAUUAAGCCAGCCAACAUGGAGGAGUUGACUGAGGUGAUCACAGCAGCCGAGUUCCACCCAAACCAAUGCAACACUUUUGUCUACAGUAGCAGUAAAGGCACCAUCCGCCUGUGUGACAUGAGGGCAGCUGCACUGUGUGACCAGCACUCCAAAUUGUUUGAAGAGCCAGAGGAUCCAAACAAUCGUUCAUUCUUCUCUGAAAUCAUCUCAUCGAUCUCUGAUGUGAAGUUCAGCCACAGUGGACGUUACCUGAUGACCCGCGACUACCUGUCCGUCAAAAUCUGGGAUCUCAACAUGGAAACCCGGCCAGUAGAGACAUAUCAGGUGCAUGAAUAUCUCAGGAGUAAGUUGUGUUCACUUUAUGAGAAUGACUGCAUCUUUGACAAGUUCGAGUGCUGUUGGAACGGGAACGACAGCGUUGUGAUGACGGGAUCCUACAACAACUUCUUCAGGAUGUUUGACCGAGGCUAUCGGCAGGACGUAACUCUAGAGGCGUCACGGGAGAACGGCAAGCCUCGAUCGGUCCUGAAACCUCGCAAAGUAAGCACAGGUGGGAAGCGCAAAAAGGAUGAGAUCAGUGUAGACAGUCUGGACUUUAACAAGAAGAUCCUGCACACUGCCUGGCAUCCUCUGGACAACAUCAUUGCGGUCGCCACCACCAACAAUCUGUACAUAUUCGAGGAGAAACUAAACUAGCUUUUGUUAAACGGCUCAGAUCCCAGUUUCUGUCAGGCUCAAUGCUCUUCUUCCUACAUUCAAACAAUAUCUUUCCAUCUGUGGCUAAAUCCCAAGUUUUAAAAUGAUCUACACUUGGUGAUUUUAGAGAGAUUUAGUCCAUCAACAACAAACAGUGGCAUUAACACUGUUAGUCCAAGAAGGUUUCACAAGCACAAUUUCCAUGUCUAUUAAAAAAAAAAAAAAGCAGUCAGAGUUUGUGGUACUGAGACCAGAACUUUGGAUUUAUUAUCUUUAAUUUUCUCCAGCAGGAACUCUCCAUUCAGCAGGCUAAUGUUUUUGCUACUCCACUACAUCCCAAACCAAAGGGAAAAUGUUUCUUUCUUUAUUCUUUUGUGCCAUUCAGAAAUGAUAUAUUGUAUGCAAUAGCUACCAAUUGUUUCAAGUUUUAGUAGCUACCAUGCUAGAUUCGUUUGAAUAAGAAAUUCUGUCUACCUUUUAUUUGCUUUGUCACCAAGCUCCUUCUUAUUGGCCUGAAACACAGCUAAUGCAAGAUAUCAACACUCCAUAUUUGCCCCAAGUAUUUGUCAAGUUGCCAAGUUCACUGACCACUUCUUUCACAUGUCACGGUAUGUAUGUGCAGUUAAAGGGACACUUCACCCGUUAAAACAUGAAUUUGUAUUGAAACGGGGUCAUAUACAGGUGCAUCUCAAUAAAUUAGAAUAUCAUGGAAAAUUCAAUUUAUUUCAGUAAUUCAAUUUAAAAAGUGAAAUGUAUACAUGUUGUUGAUUAACUACACACACAGUGAAAUAUUUAAAGCUUUUGUUUUAAUCUUGAUGAUUAUGGUUUACAGCUCAUGAAAACCCAAAAAUCAGUAUCUCAGAAAAUUAGAAUAUUACCUUAGACCAGUAAAAAAAAAAAAAACAAUUUAAUACAGAAAUGUCAGCCUUCUGAAAAGUAUGUUCUUGUAUAUGUACUCUGUUGGGGCUCCUUUUGAAUUAAUCACUGCAUCAAUGCGGCGUGGCAUGGCGUCGAUCAGCCUGUGACACUGCUCGGGUUUUCUUGGGUCUCGUGUCUCUCAUCUUCCUCUUGACAAUACCCCAUACAUUUUCUAUGGGGUUCUGGCCAAUCAAGCACAGUAAUCCCAUGGUCAUUAAAUCAGGUAUUGGUACUUUUGGCAGUGUGGGCAGGUGCCAAGUCCGGCUGGAAAAUUAAAUCCGCAUCACCAUAUAGCUUGUAAGCAGAAGGAAGCGUUUUCAUCUGAUAAGAGAACUUCGGAACACUGAGCGACAGACCAGUUCUUUUUCUCCUUAGCCCAGGUAAGACGUUGUCUCUGGUUCAGAGGUGGCUUGACACGAGAAAUGCAACAGUUGUAGCUCAUGUCCUGGAUACGUCUGUGCGUGGUGGCUCUUGAUGCACUGACUCCUGCCUCAGUCCACUCCUUGUGAAGCUCCCCCAAAUUUUUGAAUGGCCUUAGCUUGACAAUCCUUUAAAGUUUGCAAUUAUCCCUGUUGCUUGAGUCUUACCCUCCUUGAGGAGGGCAUCAAUGACCGUCUUCUACAAAACUGUCAAGUCAGCAGUCUACCCCAUGAUUGUGAAGCCUACUGAACUGGACUGAGAGACCAUUUAAAGGCUCAGGAAACCUUUGUAGAUUGAUUAGCUGAUUAGAGUGUGACACCUUGAGUCUACAAUAUUGAACUUUUCACGAUAUUCUAAUUUUCUGAGAUACUAAAUUUUUGGGUUUUCAUGAGCUGUAAGCCACAAUCAUCAAGAUUAAAACAAAUAAAGGCUUGAAAUAGUUGACUUGUCUGUAAUUAAUCCACAAUAUAUAAACAUUUCACCUUUCACAAUUACUGAAAUAAAUGAACUUAUCCAUGAUAUUCUCAUUUAUUGAGAUGCACCUGUAUGUAGUAGAAAUGUGAAAUCAAUUUUGAGGUUGGUGCCCUCUUGACCGAGAAAAGGCAGAAAGUGUAUUUUUGGCUCAUGUAGAUGAAAGACAACAACUCCCAGAAUGCACAGCACCGCAGGCCACUCCCACUGAAGCUAGGGUCUUCCAUUUACAGACAUUUACUACAACACAUGAGGCCGUUUCCUCAACUGAUUACAAGAUUUCUUCCAGAAGGAAUUGGCAUCUUGGAAAUUCAGGGCAGCAAACAAACUCUAUGUCUGUGUCCAAAGGCAAACAGUGAGAGCACCGACACUACCAGUCGGCCCCAGCUCGAGCCGGCCUGUGCUCCUCGUUCUCACCGCCGCCGACAGUCGGCGAGAGACCUGACUGCCGGCAGCAGUUUGCUAUAUUGAGGCUCGUAGAGAUAGCCACGUGCAUCCCAAUCGAGCACAAGACCUUCAAAAUCCCCUUCAUCCAUAUCAGUUUGAAGUUGAAACAUACUUUUACCAUACUUUUGUUCUUCUCAACUUUCUCCACAGAGCCUGUUAGCAUAGCUACCAAGCAAUAUGGGGGACGUUGAGUUUCGAUUCUGGUAGUGACGUCCCACCCACUGAUCUGUGAUAGGUCUGUAGCUUCAGUGGGCGGGUUGAAAACAUGAGGAACUAGCGAUGUACUGUAGUUUCUUCCCCUCUCACCAGAGCAGCCUCCGAUGACGCAAAAUGACGAUUUUUGCAUCAUUGGAGGCUCCUUUUCAGAAAGUAAAUACGGAUCUUUCCCAUCUCAGGGGAAAAUGAGGGCGGGAUGUACGGCCAUUCAAAAAUACUACCAGGUUUCUAAUGAUACAAAGCUUAAUGCAAAUGGGUGAAGUAUCCCUUUAAAGGACAACUCUGGUGUUUUAUCAUGUUGAAGCUUAUUCUCCACAAAUGGAGUAGAAUUGCAUUCCUGCUGACCCUAGUCCACAGCGUACUCAUAAUUAUGAACCAACCACUGGUUUAUUUUCUACACUUCAGUUGUCCUUUAUCGCUCACUAAUAGCAGCACACACAUUUUUCAGGUUUUUUUUGGGUGUGGGGGUGGGGGGGAGUUGAAUGUCGGCUCUUUCUGCCAAAGUUACCGAUCUCAUAUUUAAUUUGAAUUAAAAGAUCAUUUGUAAAAGCUCAGGACAAAAGCUUUUCUAUGUGGAUGGGCAUAAUGUGGGGAUGUAGCCUCAUUCUCUCGUGUACUGAGGCUGCCAGCUUGUGUUGUUGUUAAUAGAUGGACUGCUCUAAUCUCUGAAUUUAGUUUAGUUUCCAUUUUUUUUAAUGUUUUGUACUGUUCCUGAUAAAAGUAAAAUAAUCACUAUAGAUUUAUUUUUGUAUAAUGAAGGCAGUAGGAUUACAGUCUGAUCACUGUAGUUUCUUAAACUGUCUCAGAUUGAUUAUAGAUGGACGGUUGCCUGAUCCGGUAACUUCUUUGACUUGGGGACAUGUUCAUUCUGGCAAGGUGUUUCUUUAAAAGCUCAAGACUUUUUGUGACAUCAAAGAAGUGUUUUAUUUCUCACUCUGGAUGGAAGAAAGAAAAAAAAAAAAAAAAGUAUUUUCAGGUGUCAGCACAUCUGUAGUCAUAAGCACUCUAACUGUUUUCAUGUUUUUGACUGUAACUUAUGUUUUCUGUCUGACUUUUUUUGAACGCUUCAGAGUUUGAUUCUGACUUGAUUUGGAUCUUUUAUGUUCUGUUUAUGUGCCAUGGUUUUAUGAAUCUUUUUUUAUUUUCUUGCUCGCUGUGAAACUCUUUUGGGUCUAAAUGAGAGUCAUUUAGUCAACAUGUUUUCUUCAUUUAAUAAUUUUCAAUCAACAGUUAGUAGAGUCAGUUGAUUAGACAAUGUCUUCUCUCCUGAGAAUAUGAACGGUUGUGGAACACUGCUGAAUUUUGUGUGGAAGUUAAACAUGGAAAAAUUACAUGGAAAAUUUACUUCAAAGAAAGCUCUGCUUUUUCUGCUUCCUUCUUCAGUCACAUGCUGUCAAUUAUCUUCUGGAGUGGUUGAUAAAUCCACACAUUUGAUUGGCACAGAUUUAGCCAUUUAAUCAGCUCAUUGGUCCACUGGAUCGGUGUUGUGCUACUCCUCUCUUUCAAAAAACUGAUUUCUAAUCAGUAAGAUUCCACCAAAAUGACCAGCUUCCACUAAAAGGUGGUGUUAAGCUACUGUUGAGCGUCACUCUCUCAGGGCUCUGCAUAAUGUCCUCCUCUAAUGAGACAUGUCGUUAGUCUUUAUUUUCUUGUUAUUUUGCGAUCAUAUGAGAACAGCCUUUAUCAUCUAAUGCAGGAUUGUGUUUGGUUAUUUUCCUCAUUUCAUAUUAAUCUUUAGUGGCACUAUCGUCCCAUCUUGUAGUUAGGAAUAAUCCAAACUAUUAGAAUCUGUGGACAUGGAGUGUUGUCUAGUGGAGAAAUAUAUAUAUAUAUAUAUUAAAAAAAAAGUAUUGGAUCAGAAAUGGCAUGUUCUCUCUCUUUUGGGGGGUAAUAACUCUCAAAACAUCCAAUUUUCUUCAGAGAUGGUCAUCACAUACUGGAAGAGUUAAAUGAAUAACAGUCACUAACAUUCAUCAUAAAAAAAAACAUCUGACCAAUAAUCUUUAUCACCUCCCCUCACUUCUCGUUCAGGGCUGCUGUUUGAGGCUUUGGCAGUACUCAGAAGAACCCUAAUGCCUUUUUAUAGCAUGAAGAAAAACUAAGAUAAUCAAAUAUGUUUCUUGAACUUUCUGCUCAGGGGAACUUACUGCUGCUCUGUGAUCACUACCUUGUAACUUCCAAAUAAAGCAUCUUGUCAGGACUUUUAGAAGAACAACCUUAUUUACAGUUAGACCCUUUUAGACAUCAGGGACAUAUAAUGGUUUUAAUAACAUGAAUUUUGGGGUGAUAGAAACUUACCCUACGCACAUUCAUCAACAUAUUUCUCAUUCAAACUGUCUGAACUGGAAUUACAUGUUUUUUUUCCACUUAAAGCAGCAUUAUAUACACACGACUAAUGUAUCACAGGAGUUAAAACAAAAAUGCACUUUUUAUUUUUGUGAUCUUCAUGAAUUACUUUCUUUUUAAGGGGCUUUAAAAUAAAGACUGUUGGGAGUUUUGGUGAUCUGUUUGGUGAAGUAUAAAUGGUUCAUUGUACAGAUUUAUUUGUUUUUGUUAAAUGGAAUUGAGUAAAAAUUUAGAUGAAAAGUAAUAAAGAAUUUCAAACCUAAA